AUGUCUUACGUACUGAAUACCUUAUCUUUUGUUGUUUGCACUUCCCUCUUAUUUAUUAAUGACAUGGUGAAAGGGGCCUUUUUGGUCAGCUACUUCUUCUUUCUCUUUGCCUGCGGUGUCCCUUUAUUCUUCAUGGAACUUGGCCUGGGACAAUAUACCGGACUCAGUCCGAUACGAGCCUUCAAUCUGGCUCCAAUUUCAAAAGGUGAGUAG